CGUCAAUUUUCUUCCUGCUUCCAAGAUUCGCUAGGCCCUGUACCUCAGUGAUUGGGUUCCAUAUCUUCCCCCCAUCUCAGCUGCAGCUAGCGCCGCGAUAAAAGCUGCCCUCUUCCAGCCCAUUCAACUCCUCUUACGUAUUGGACGCUAAGUUAGCUAUUUCAAUACACCACACAACCAACCCCUCCAACACCUUUUUUUCAACUCUCUCACAGCAUCACAACUUUGUCUGACAAAACCACACAUACACAGAAUCAACUACAACCAAAAAUGUCCGCCCAAGAUAAGGCUCAGCAAUACCUUGGUCAGCUCGACCGUGAGCUCUCCAAGUACCCCGCCCUCAACAACCUCGAGAAGCAGGCUGGUGUUCCCAAGGCCUAUGCCGCCAUCGGUGUCGGCGCUCUCUACUUCUUCCUCAUUAUCUUCAACCUCGGAGGCCAGCUUCUGACCAACUUGGCUGGUUUCGUCAUCCCCGGCUACUACUCUCUUGGUGCCCUCUUCACCCACAACAAGGAGGAUGAUACUCAGUGGUUGACUUAUUGGGUCGUCUUCUCUCUUUUCACUGUGAUUGAGAGCUUCGUCCAGGUCGUCUACUGGUUCCCCUUCUACUUCGUCUUCAAGUUUAUCUUCCUCCUCUGGCUCUCUCUCCCUGCCUUCCGGGGUGCUGAGCUCAUCUUCCGAUCUUUCCUGGCCCCUACCCUCGGCCGAUACUUCCAGCAGACCGGCUCGACUGCCUCUGGCCUCCGUGCCAAGGCUGACGGCCUCGACAAGACCGAGUAAACGGUCUCCAAGGUUUAGCUUGAUCGCCAAACUAAUUCUUGUGAAUUGUCGCAUGCCCCGGAUCAAGCAAUCUCGGUACUAGAGGAACAGGAAAUGGUUAUUUAUAGGAACUACUCAGCUUCAAAACCACGCUACGCAAAUUGGGGGGGAUGAGAAGGAGGACCGGCCAGAAUUAAGAUUUAUACCAGCUAGAGAAGCUGUAUUGGACUGCUGGGUUGUUCGGGAAGACCCGUGUGUCGUGUGGAUGACUUUGUGUGAUGAAUGAAUGCACUGGAAAUAUCUUGCUUUGCUUUGAGAGAUGCUCUUUUUGGAGCUUCAUGAGAACACGUAUUGCCGCUAAUCCGUUUGCUUACCCCACAUCUUUGGUUUUGCAAUUGAAUACCUAUGGUAUCGGGGAUUUUGUUCUAUAAACAUUCAACUGCAACUGUCGCGUGCUCAGUUGCUCAGCUGUCUCAAAAUGUUAACAUAUAUUGCUAUGUCACUAAUCGUCAACCUCUC